AUGUCAAUCUGCCGACGCGGCUUGAGAGCUUUGUUAACCUUCAAAUAUCCGACCCUGUACGCGUACGGUCCACGGCGCCCUAAACCGUCAAUACCUAUAACAUCAGUCUCGCGAUCCCGCAAACUGUCAACAACAACACCCUUUGUGAAGCUGGACUCUUCACGGAAGAUCGAAGAAGAAGAACUCCCGGAAUAUAUUGCAGAAGAUUUUUAUCCGGUUUAUAUCGGAGAUGUGCUUGCGUCAAAAUAUCGGAUCGUUGCCAAAUUAGGAUUUGGUUCAACUUCAACAAUAUGGCUUUGCCGUGACGUUCAAAGCCAUCAAUACUACACACUGAAAGUAUGUACCCGUGGACGAAGACCUGACCGUGAACUCACCGCGUCAGAGCACUUGAACAAUUCUGGUGAUCAUUUCGGAAAGAAGCUGGUCCGACUAGUUCUUGAUUCCUUUGAGCUUGAUGGGCCUCACGGAAAACAUACUUGCCUGAUAUACAAGCCUUUGGGGAUGAGUUUUACUGAAUUCCAGAGCAUGUCUGAUGGUAAAGCGCUGCCAAAGGCUUUCAUUCAGAGAAGCGUGCAGCUCACCCUCAUAUCCCUAGCUUUCAUGCAUGAAAACAACGUUAUCCACACUGAUAUUUCAUCGAACAACUUGCUACAAGGAAUUGAGGACACUUCCAUGCUAGCUCAACUCGAGGAAGAUGAAAAAAGGCGACCAGUUGCCAGAAAAGUGUUGGAUGAUCGCCACGUCUACUAUUCUCGACCAAUGCCUACUGCUACUGGGUUGCCAGUCCUUUCUGAUUUAGGCGAGGCAAGAAUUGGACCCCAAAAUCAUAGGGGCGAUAUUAUGCCAGGUAUUUAUCGCGCACCAGAAGUGAUUUUGGGCAUGGAAUGGGAUUCCAAGGUUGAUAUAUGGUCAAUGGGCACUAUGAUCUGGGAUUUGGCAGAACGCAGUCAUCUUUUUUUUGCAAAAAAGAAUAGAGUCCUGAAUGAUGAGCAGCACCUGGCGGAAAUGGUCUCUUUAAUGGGACCUCCUCCUGCUCAGUUUCUGAGAAGAAGUCAAAAGUCUAACGAGUACUGGGGCAGCCAAGGAAACUGGAAAGGUUCUAUACCUAUACCAAAACAAUCGUUUGAGAUAAGGGAGUCGCGAUUUUCCGGUGAAGAUAGGGAACUUUUUCUGGGGUUUCUGAGACGAGUGCUACGCUGGCUUCCCGAGGAAAGGCCUACAGCUGAAGAGCUUGCUUAUGAUGAUUUUCUAAUGCAGGAGAUUUUACGCGCUAGGAACUCGGUGUAA